AUGUCCAGAGCCAUCCUGCAAGUGUUUGAGGAGUAUCAGCAAUCUCGAGUGACGUUCGUACAGACUGUGGCAGAAUUGGCCAACAGGCCUCAGAACAUAGACACCCUUCAAAACGCUGGUGUUAUGGCCCUACUGAGGCCGCUCCUUCUGGACAACGUUGCUUCUAUCCAGCAGAGUGCCGCCCUAGCCCUUGGACGUUUGGCUAACCACUCGGAUGAGCUCGCUGAGUCCGUAGUUACCCACGAUAUACUCCCUCAACUGGUUCAUGGCCUAAGCCAGCAAAACAGGUUCUUCAAGAAAGCGGCAGCCUUCGUCCUGAGAGCAGUGGCUAAGCAUUCUCCCCAGUUAGCUCAAGCCGUGGUGGAUUCAGGUGCACUCGAGGCGUUGGUGGAGUGUUUGGAAGAUUUCGACCCUUCAGUGAAGGAAGCCUCAGCUUGGGCUUUGGGGUACAUUGCUCGUCACACCAAGGAGCUCGCCUUAGCAGUUGUUGAUGCUGGGGCUGUUCCCUUAUUGGUUUUAUGUUUCCAAGAGCCAGAGUUGACUUUGAAAAGGAUGUCAGCGAGCGCUCUCGCAGAUAUCUCGAAGCACACUGCUGAGCUCGCCCAAUCAGUUGUUGACGCUGGUGCGGUAUCACUGAUAGCUCGUGAACUGGGCCACUCUGAUAGUGGGUUGAAGCGACAAGUAUGCUCCUGCCUAGGACAAGUCGCCAAGCACAAUGUGGAUCUGGCUGAGGUCGUUGUUGAGGCGGAGGUCUUCCCCAGAAUACUACAUUGCCUGAAGGAUGCUAACGAACAUGUUCGGAAGAAUGCUGCUACGUGCAUUCGUGAGAUAGCUAGACAUACUCCAGAUCUUGCCAAAUUGGUUGUCAACGCUGGUGGAGUAGCGGCUAUUGUUGAUUACAUAACAGAGGCUCGUGGGAACAACAGGUUGCCGGGCAUCAUGAGUCUCGGGUUCAUCGCAGCAUUCAGCGAGACUCUAGCUUUGGCAGUCAUCGUUUCAAAGGGCAUUCCUCCUCUGAAAGAUGCACUCAUCAACGAGCCCGAGGACCACCUCAAGGCAGCGAGCGCUUGGUCGUUGGGUCAAAUCGGACGUCAUGGUCCUGACCAUUCUAGAGCCCUCGCUGAGGCUGAUGUGCUACGACGGUUAUUGGCAGUAUAUCUGCAUGAAGACUCCUCCGAAGAUCUGAAGACUAAGGCAAAACGAGCUCUCAAGAGUGUUGUUCAAAAGUGCACCCAUCUGCCAGCACUCGAGCCUCUGUUACAAGAGGCACCAACGAGUAUCCAGAAAUAUGUGGUUCAUCAGUUCGCGAAGGUCUUGCCGAAUGACCAGCAGGCCCGUCGAAGCUUCGUACAGUCGGGAGGGCUACAGAAGAUUCAGGAGAUCAACGCGGAAAUGGGCUCUCAGCUUAGGGACUAUAUUGACCAAGUGAAUCAAAUGUAUCCUCCUGAGAUUGUGAAUUACUAUUCCCCCAGCUAUCCAGAACAACUACUCCGCAAGUUGGAAGAGUAUACUCCUGCUGCAUAG